CUAUUCCAUCUACUGAGUGACUGUGUUAGUUAUAAGCUGGAUUAUGGAUGGGGAAUUAAGUAAAUAAGAUAACUGUCAGCGAAUUUCCUACAAGAGACGGCUGGCGAACACCUUACAUUCAGUACGGAAAGAAGUUUCGCAUGAUGCUGAAGGAGCGCGAGAGUAUAGAGCGCAGUGUGUCUUCGCCUUGCUCUAGCCUUGGGGGUUCUUCGGGCAUUGAAGUGUCAUCCUGUGCUGGCUGUGGUGAAAGAAUACAUGACCGUUACUACCUCCUGGCUGUCGACCGACAAUGGCAUGCCUCAUGUUUGAAAUGCUGCGAAUGCAAGCUUCCCUUGGACUCCGACUUGACUUGUUUCGCUAGAGAUGGAAAUAUUUAUUGCAAGGAGGAUUAUUAUAGAAUGUUUGCCGUUACAAGAUGUGGUCGGUGCCACGCAGGAAUCUCCGCCAAUGAGUUAGUAAUGCGGGCAAGGGACCUUGUAUACCACCUACACUGUUUUUCCUGCACAUCCUGUGGAAUUCCCUUAUCAAAAGGCGACCAUUUUGGCAUGAGGGAAGGUUUAAUAUAUUGCAGGCCCCAUUACGAAACCUUGGACUUCUGUGACUCGAACGACCCGAUGGAUAUAAUGUUCAGGGGAGGGGAAUCACCUGGAUACUAUUCUUCGAACACUCCACCCCAACACCAUAAAGGAAGACCUCGAAAGAGGAAAAUAACUCCUGAGGAAGGUUCGCCUUGUGGCGAAAUACCUGUUACCAUGAGGAUGGCUGCCACCACCCUAGAAAUGUUGCAACAAGGCGAAUUAUCCUCUUCCAUGGAAUCCUUAUCUUACGAUUCGUCUGUCACCUCACCGGCUUCAAGCAAUGGCCAUCAAAACCAAAGGACGAAAAGGAUGAGAACGUCAUUCAAACAUCAUCAGUUAAGAACAAUGAAGACCUACUUCGCCAUCAAUCAGAAUCCAGACGCGAAAGACCUCAAACAACUGGCACAAAAGACGGGACUCUCGAAGAGAGUAUUACAGGUGUGGUUCCAAAACGCCCGGGCAAAGUGGCGACGGAACCUGAUGCGGCAGGAAGGAUCGAACAACAAUAACAAUGUACAAAGUCAAGGACCAAACGGCCCACCAUCGGCAGGAUCGGGCAUAAUGGAUGCAAGUUUGUCGCAUCAGUCGUUAGACGACCUCCAUCACCAUUUACAUUCCCAAAACUCACAAACGCUAAACUUUGGUGAUAUUUAUUAGGCAUUCAAUAAUAUUUUGGUCAGCUGGGGUUUCCGCAACAGAAAAAUACGCCUAU